ACUGAUUUUCAUUUUAUUUAUUUAUUAAAAUCCAUUUAAAUGAACUGUCAAGAAACGGGAUCACGUAAUGAGAUGACGUUGGUGAAACGGACACUCGGGUUUGUUCGGUGAGUUCCGGAGCUCCUCCCCCUGACCCGCCGUCGGGGUUGUCAGGGGCAACCGGGGGAGACGCUCUUCACUCACUGGAGGCUGCACAACAACAGCACAAGUAAAGUUCGAUGGUUUAAGUUCUGUCGAGAUAUAAACUAACAAACUGACAGCAACCGGAGGAAAGCGACACUGAGGUUUGUCUUACGAUAAGUUAACGGAGCGGGACACUUCGACAGCAGCGAGAGAUAGCAAUGAAUGCUAACUUAGCUAGCUUAGCUCCUGUUCGCAGCUAACGCUAGCUAACCUAACCAUGAGUCGCAUGAUGGCACGAAGGGGAACGGUAGCUCAUAGUCAUCUGUAAGUAAUCUGUUUGGUGAAUGAAGUGUCUGAUGUGUAUCUGUACUUAUUAGUGAUCUAACUAACGAUAGCUACGUCAACUAACGUGACUGUUCACGUAACAUGUACAGUGAAACUCUACAUGUUGAAUUAAUGGAUGCUAUUCAAGGUCAAGACUUAACUAGUGAUUAAGUUACCGAGCAUUUUGUUUACAUCACGACAUAGCCGAGCAGCGAGGUCGCUGGACAUGAAGCGGCACAACAAACACAAACAGCUGUGAAGUCCAAUAACCUGGCGAGCCACAGCAGGAGCAGUGGGGACAUGGCGGUGUAUUUUGACCACCGUGUCGAGGCCCCUGACAGCAGCAACGUGCCCUCUCAGGUGACCUGGCACUCGUCUCUCCCCGUCCUGGCUGUGGCCUCCAUCAGCCCCACCACUCGGGGCCACGUCGACCUCUACCUGCAGCAGGGAGAGUGUGUGCACAGCUGCCAUGUAGAACAGCCUCACCAGCCCACGGCGCUGCGCUGGCAUCCCGUGAAGCCCGUGUUGGCGCUGGGCUGGGGGAGCGGGGAGGUGGUGCUGCUGACGCACCCCUCUGGAGAGCAAACGCUGCUUCCCAGCACACAUGCAGCCUGCAUCACGCUGCUGGAGUGGAGCAGCUCGGGCAGCCGCCUGGUCACCGGCGAUCAGACUGGAGCACUAGCAGUCUGGAAGGUAGACGCUCGAGGGAGACUUCAAGGAAACCAUCUUGUGAAGCAUGAGUACAACAAACCUCUGACUUGCUGCAUCUUCAGACCGGCCUCGCCUGGGGACGAUGUGGCAAUGCUCGCCCGGGCAUCCGUUCGUGGAGACGAGAGCGCUCUGGACAUGUUCAGCUGGAAGGGAGCGCCUCUCAAGAUGGGCCCGCAGGAGGGACUCGCAUUCUACGUCAGCACCGCCGAUGGUACGGUCCACAGUGUGGAUGAGCAGUGUAAGACCAGCGCACUUCUCAGUGUGGAGGGCGCCAUCAAGAAACUGCUCUAUCUUGAGAAAAGAGAGGUACUGGCUGUGGUCACAGAGACCCUGAUGUUGUCACAGUACACUCUCGGAUCAGAGGGAGGAGCCCAGGAAUUUAUGAAGGUGAAGUUGAGCAGCAAGACUGGGCAGAAUGUAGACAUUGUCUGGACAGAGAGCGGCCUCCUUAUCACAGCCACGGGGGAACAGGUCAUCAGGCUGUGGGACCUGGACGGAGACGACAACUAUGUGUUGUCCCUCAACGAGACUCUGGGCUUCGAGAGAGGAGAGGUGAUCAACUGUGUUGCAUAUUGUGCAGCAAAAGCGAUCUUGGCAGCUGGUACCAGCCACGGCCGCAUCGCGAUGUGGAAGAUGGUGCUGCAGCUCAGCGGCAGCAGAGGAGACAAUAAGGCCCAGUGGAAGCUACAGACGCCCACCGAAGUAGAAGGAAACGUCAUUCAGCUACAGUGGGGCUCGAGUCUGAAUCUGCUGGCGGCCAACAAUUCGAACACGGUGCGGAUCCUGUGUGAGCGCGUGAUGUCGGCCCACUUCAGCCAGCAGGUGGGAGCGGUGCAGCUCACCCCAACCCAGCUCAGCGUCACCCUGUUCACCACGGGGGGGCAGCUGGCUCUGCAGGCUGACAUGCACAUCAGAGGAGUUUGUGUCACGAAGGAUGCAGUGACCAUCUGGAGUGGCAAGCAGGUCACGGUGUAUGAGCUCUCAGGGACAGCUCUUCACAACACAGGAUCGUUUCCGUGUGACUCCCAUGUCGUCGCUGUGCAUGGGGAGAACCUCUACACGGUGGAACCCAACAGGGUUCAGAUCCGUACGCCUCAGGGCACCGUGAAGCAACAGCUGACCUUUUCCAAGGCAGAGGGCAAUCCUGUGCUACUCGGUGUGUGUCAGUCUUACCUGGUGAUCGGCACAGACACGGCACACAUCAGAGUAUUCGACCUCUCCCGAAGAGAUGCCAAAGCUCUCUGCAGUGCAAAGAACCUGGCGGACCAGAUUGCUCAUCUGGGAGCUCUGACGUCAGUCAAGUGUAACGCCAACGGCAGCCAAGUCAGCAUCCUCAUCGCCCAGGUUAAUGGGCGCCCGGAUCACAAAGUGUACUUUUAUGAUGUUGAGAUGGACACUGUGGCACACUUUGACUUCUUUGUCGGCAGACCGUCCAGCGGUGUCUCGCAGUCCGAGGAAAGUGAAAGGCAGCCGUCUCAGGAGCUCACCGGUCGCUGCCCUGUGUCUCACUUCUGGGACGAGAGUGAACCUCGUCUUUUAGUUUGUGAGACCGUGCCGAUCAGUUCUGAAUGCUCAUCGACUAGUUUCUUGGAUCGGGCGGACGUGUUGGUCGUCACACUCUUCUGUACGCAAGAGCACGGGCCCCUCCUCCAGGACUGCUUCCCUCAGCCGUCGGGCCUGCAGGCGCUCCUCGCUCUGGACGUGCCCUACUAUUAUUUCAGCUGCAAGCCCGGUGAGAGCGAUCCGGCUGGGAUUUCCUCCCCAGAACCAGCAGCCCCGAGCCAGCCGUCAGGCGGCGCCGCUGCCCCGCCCCCCCACACGGUGUCCCGGCGCGCUCUCAGAGACUUCGUGGGCCUGGAGAACUGUGAGAAGGCGACUCGCGACGCCAUGCUCAACUUCAGCUUCUACCUGACCAUCGGCAACAUGGACGAAGCCUUCAAAUCCAUCAAGCUCAUCAAGAGCAAAGCGGUUUGGGAAAACAUGGCGCGGAUGUGUGUGAAGACGCGCCAGCUGGACGUGGCGCGCGUGUGCCUCGGGAAUAUGGGAAAUGCGAGGGCAGCAAAAGCUCUGAAGGAGGCGGAGCUUGAGCCUGAGCCAGAAGCCCAGGUGGCCAUGUUGGCCGUUCAGCUCGGGAUGCUGGAAGAUGCAGAAAAGUUGUACAAGUGCUGCCAGCGCUUUGACCUGCUGAACCAUUUCUACCAGGCGUCCAGCCAAUGGCAGCAGGCUCUGGGAACGGCAGAGAGCCACGACCGCAUCCACCUGCGCACCACCUAUUACAACUAUGCCAAGUACCUGGAGUCCAUGGGCGACAAGACCCAGGCCCUCGUGUAUUACGAGAAAUCCGACACGCACCGGGUGGAGGUGCCCAGGAUGCUCCAGGACGACACGCCGUCUCUGGAGAUCUACGUCAACAAAAUGAAAGACAAGAGCAUCUAUAAGUGGUGGGCCCAGUACCUGGAGAGCCAGUCCGACAUGGACUCGGCGCUGUGCUUCUAUGAGAGCGCUCAGGAUUACCUCUCUCUGGUGCGGGUGCACUGCUACAUGGGGAACAUCCAGAAGGCAUCGGAGAUAGCCAACGACACGGGGGACAGGGCGGCGUCGUACCACCUGGCUCGACACUACGAGGGCCACGAUGACAUCAAGCAGGCCGUCCACUUCUACACGCGAGCCCAGGCCUACAACAACGCCAUCCGGCUCUGUAAGGAGACCGGUCUGGAGGACCAGCUGAUGAACCUGGCUCUGCUCAGUAACGCAGAGGACAUGAUGGAGGCCGCCUGCUACUACGAGGAGAAAGGCACCCACAUGGACCGGGCGGUGGCUCUCUAUCACAAGGCUGGGUACGUCUCCAAAGCUCUGGAGUUGGCCUUCGCCACCCAGCAGUUCUCUGCACUGCAACUGAUCGCCGAGGACCUGAACGAGCUCUCUGACCCCGCCCUGCUGGCCCGCUGCUCCGACUUCUUCAUCACUCAUUCCCAGUAUGAAAAGGCAGUGGAGUUACUGGUAGCAGCCAAGAAGUACCACGAGGCCCUGGAGGUGUGUGUGAGCCAGAGCUUGACCAUCACAGAGGAACUGGCGGAGAGAAUGAUUGUGACCGAUUCAAAGGACUUGUCUGAAGAGGCCCGGAAGGAGCUGCUGGAGAGGAUCGCCGACUGCUGCAUGCGGCAGGGCAACUACCACCUGGCCACCAAGAAGUACACGCAGGCGGGAAACAAGCUGAAGGCCAUGAGGGCUCUCCUGAAGUCUGGCGACACCGAGAAGAUCGUGUUCUUCGCCAGUGUUUGCCGUCAGAAGGAUCUUUUCAUCAUGGCCGCCAACUACCUCCAGUCUCUGGACUGGCGCAAAAACCCAGAGAUCUUGAAGACGAUCAUCGGUUUCUACACCAAAGGCCGGGCGCCAGACCUGCUGGCCGGCUUCUAUGAAGCCUGUGCACAGGUGGAGAUCGAUGAUUACCAGAACUACGAGAAGGCCCUGGAUGCUCUGACUGAGGCGUUCAAGUGCCUCUCCAGAGCGCAGGACACCGGACAACAGGAAGGGAGGCUCGCUGACCUGCAGCACCGCGUAGCGCUCAUCAAGAAGUUUGUCCACGCUCGCAGCUUGUACUCGGAGGACCCCGUGGCGGCGGUGCGGCUGUGUGAGUCCUUGCUGGAGGAGCCGGAGUUGGACCCCGCGGUCCGGACCGGAGACGCGUUUGGGUUUCUGGUGGAGCACCACUGUCAGCAGGGCAACUUCCAAGUGGCGGCCCGUAAGCUGGAGGAGCUGCAGCAGCUGCUGCCGGCCCAGAGCCUGAGGUUCUACGUGAGCGCGGCCAGCCUGCAGGCCCUGCAGAGGGAGGGGGGCGUGUCCCUGGACCGGGGAGCAGGCCGCCGGCCCAGCCUGAAGGAGGAGGAUGAAGUGGAGGAGGACUUACCUGUGUCCUGAGUCUCACUCAGGGGUUUCUUUUUGUUGUUGUUGACAAUAUAAUAUAUUUUCAUAUAUUUGGAUUCUUUAUGGAUGAAGAAUUCAUAUUUUUAAGCGAGUGUCUGAACUUUCUCCGACCGGGAACGACUGUGCAGUGACCAAAAAACAUCGUUUGUCAAAGGAGCGCAGCCACAGGUGAGAUGAUCAGUCACAGGUGUGAUCAUCAGCCACAGGUGAGAUGAUCAGUCACAGGUGUGAUCAUCAGCCACAGGUGAGAUGAUCAGUCACAGGUGAGAUGAUCAGUCACAGGUGUGAUCAUCAGCCACAGGUGAGAUGAUCAGUCACAGGUGUGAUCAUCAGCCACAGGUGAGAUCAUCAGUCACAGGUGAGAUGAUCAGUCACAGGUGAGAUGAUCAUCAGCCACAGGUGAGAUGAUCAGUCACAGGUGAGAUGAUCAGUCACAGGUGAGAUGAUCAUCAGCCACAGGUGAGAUGAUCACUCACAGGUGUGUUGAUCACCAUCGCAGUGGACGAGCAGUAAAGAGAUGUGGGGAGAACGCUGCACCAAGACCAUGGGAGGUUCAUAAAUCUUCCUAAAUUGUCUUCUUUGAACAAUCUUUCCAGUAAAUGCAGUGAGUUCAAAUGAAUCUUCACACUAUUUCAAAAUGUUUUUAACACAAGUAACCCUUAAAUUGUUUGAUCUGAAUCCUGAUUAAUAUUACAGAAUUGAAAACCGGUGAUCGCCUUUGGGCUUCUCCUCUGUGUGUCUUAGAUCUGAUUAUGUUUACAUGCAUUUAGACAAAUGCAUUUUGAAUUCAAAUAAUGUCUCCAGUCUGUGUCAACAUUCAGAUCUUUGUAAAGCGUUGAGCAGAUAUUUUUCAUAACUUGUGAGUUUACUUCACACAGAUGAAGUUACAAUUGUUCCUAUACAUAGAAAACAUACUAUAAUAAAACAUUUGUUUCUAAUUAAAUGUUA